AUGCCUGCUGCCAUGGGAUCCCUCGUCACUCCUAUUCAGGAGGGUGCCGUCCAGAACAACGGUCGCGCUCAGCCGUGGAAAGACUUCAUGGCCCAGGCCGCCGGCGCGUCAAGCCGCGAAAGCGACUUCAUCACCAUCCGCUCCGUUUACGACCAGAGCGGCAAGGAGGUCCACGACUACACUGCCCAGCUCGGCUAA